AUGAAGUUCAUCGUGACCGGCUGUACCGGUUUUAUCGGAUCCGAAGUCCUCAACCAAUGCCUUCGAAAUCCAUCCAUCACAUCCAUCGUUGCUCUUUCCCGCCGUCUACUCCCAGACACAAUCAGCAAUAACCCCAAGCUCCAAAUCAUAGUCAAGAAAGAUUUCAAUUCCUACUCAGACGACGAUAUCAAAGUCCUUUCUGGAGCGGAUGCCUGCAUAUGGUGCAUGGGGACAACAGCUGGCGACAAGGUUCUUGAAAUCGACUACCCACUUGCAUUCGGCAAUGCAUUUUCCAGAACUUUAGCAGAGUCCCAAAAGAAAUUCCGCUAUCUGCAUCUCAGCGGCGGCAUGACCGAGAGAGACCAAAGCAAACCCCUAUGGUUCGCAGGAAACAUGCGAAAGCUAAAGGGACAAGCAGAAGUGAAUAUGCUCUCAUUCGCAGAAAAGGAAGAGACGGAAGGUUUUUGGGAGACGGUGAUUGUGAAGGCGCCAUUCGUAAUCAAAAAGGAUAUUACAAGUCCUCGAGAUGCGUUUGGUUGGAUGAUGGGGAAUAAGCGCUGCAUACAAGUGGAUGAGUUGGCUGCUGCGAUGAUGGAUGUUGCUGUGAAUGGGUCCAAGGAUAUUACAUUGUCAGAUGCAGAAGCAUUGGUGGCUUUGGGGCGUGCAGCACUUGAGAAGGUGAAGUGA